UAUAAAACUAUUGUUUUUGCUUUAUCAUUCACAUCACUUCACAUAAAAUUGAAGUAUCGUUUUGUGUGAGUGUGUGUCUGUCUUUCAGUGUGUUUGUAUUUCCGGUCAGCAUAACUUUAGAAAUUGGACUGCAACAUCUUAUUUAAUAAAGAUUUGAAAGAUUUCAUUGGGAAGACAUAGGUUAAAGUAGGUUUUUGCCCUCUGAUGUGUAACCUUGGAACUGCAGAGAUUUCUGUAGCGGUUUGGCAGAAUUCCAAGACCAAAAUUGCGCCUUCAGUAUUUAGUAUUUUUUUCAGCGGUAUUGAAGCGCCAGCUAGUGAUCAUCGACAGUACUGCAGCCUUGACAUCGUCGAUUGGCCUAUUCAUCCUUGAAACAAAAUAACGACAGAAAGGCGUCAGAAUCCGAAAGAAGUAGCAUCCGUAAAUGCUGACGGGCCAAUGUGGGGGAUAAUAACGAAAACAGGUAAACGAGCUAACCUCGAUCAGUUAAUCUUAUACUUUAUGGAAGGACGUGAAUCUUGCUCGGAUAUUGGUUGCUGGGUUUUUCAGGCCACCGAACCGGGAGGUGUUCUGAUGAUUGUCGGGCUCGGCCGGCCCAUGGCCACAAUCCCGCUCCUUGACGCCGCUCUGAAGGAAGUGGACAUCCGGGGGAACCUCCGCUACGCAAACGAUUACCCGACAGCCCUAGCGAUGAUAGCCUCGGGUCAGGUGAACGUGAAGCCGCUGGUCUCCCACCGUUAUAGCCUGGAGCAGGCGCUGGAGGCCUUCGAGUUCGCCAAGAAGGGCGAAGGGAUCAAAGUCAUGAUCCACUGUGACAAGACCAAGGCCUGAUAGCGUAUGUUGUUGCUGUGGGCCUGGGGAUACACGUACAGAGUGGUGUACCGAAAGUGAGAAAAGAAACAAAAAAGAAACGAAAUUGAGCGAAAAGGAACGAAACCGUACUGAGUUGGGUCACCUAUCUAGUUAGGAUGACAUAAUCCACUUGGACCGUUUAAAAACGCAAAAUAAUGUCAUUUGAGAGAGUAUUUGUACGUUUAAGGUUACAAAAUUGAACAAAUGUGUGAGCGAAUUAAAGUGGUGAUCAACAAGUCUCACCAUGGCGUGCAAAUAAGUUUGAAGAAAAGAAAAGUAUAUAUCAGUCAUUUUAGUUCUAAAUUGUUCAAGUAAUUGAAUAUAAAAAUAAGAACAUAUUUGAACCAUAUGUGUUGGAAACCGUGAUGUUACAAACUGCACAAAUUUUAGAAGAAGUUUCAAACAUCUUUGUAUAUUUUUCACUGUUAAAACUUAUUCAUGAUGUGCACGAUGAUGUUCCAAAUGCAAUGUAGUAGCUUUGUGCUAUUGCCCCCCCUACAAAAGUAGAUGCUUUUCCGAAAUUCUUUACAACAUUGGGAAUCACCCCAAAUGUCGGGGAUAUGGAAAACUCCUUUUUUCAUGAGUUUUCUGGAUUUUGACGUUCUUUCAUA